UCAAAUUGUUAUUUAUUUUCCAGGGAUCGGCUUUUGCUCGCCUAAUUAGUCGCCUAUUGGCCUUUGAAACUUGAUAAGCUGAUUGAAGAACAAAAGGUAGCAGCAUCAUGGGAAAAAAGGGUAAAGGCAAAGGCAACAAGUUGGCCAAAAUGUCCGAGGAGGAGCGAGCCCGAUACCUCCAGAUGCGGGCCGACGCGGAGGAGGAGACGCGCCGCCGGAAAAUGCAGCUUAUUUCCAUGUACAUGAAGAACAAAUUGAAACGAGAGGAUGCCUUUGGGCGUCUCAACAUGGCCAAAAUCAAUCAGGAGUGGCGCAGUAUUCUGCGCCAGGUUAAGAUUCAAGAGCUUCGCCGGGAAAUCAUUGACGUUGAGUCCUUCUUUAAGGAGGCUCUUAAGCGGAAGGAUCAGGUUAUUCAUCGACUGAUUGCUCACAUAGAGUCCACCGAGGAUAUGUACUCCAAUCUCCAGCAAUCCCAUAUGGAGAAUAUUACCAAAAUCGUUGACACCCAUCGCAGGCGCAUCGAGUUCUUUCGGCAAAUCUACGAGGAUGACAAACAGGCGGUGCUUAGCGAGUGGGAGCAGGACUCCGCCAGCUUCAAGGAGAUGCACGCUCUGAAGCAACAACAACUUGAGUGCGUAUUCUACCAGUUGGAGGAGACCACUGACGGGGGAAUCCGGAACAACCACGAGCGUUUCUUGGACCGCUGCGAGGACCUUAAAAGUGGGAUGCAACUGCAGCUGGAGCAGAUCACCUCCAGGGGCGAGGCCAAACUGGAGAAGCUGUGGCAGGAGUAUCAAUCCGUACUCGGUGGCUACUGUCAACACAUCGAGGGCUUCUACGCCGAGUACGUUGACCUAAAGCAGCGGGACGAGGAGGCGGCUCUUCAGAUUAGCCAGCAGACGUACGAGAUUGAGCAUUUGGUGGACCAAUUGGCCAAUUUGCGUCUGGUUUCCGAGGAGUUUUACGUAAAGCAGCAGGGCCAGCUAGAGCAGCGACAGGCUAUCAAAACACAGUUGACCGAGCGACUACGUGAGCUACGAUCGUGCGUGGAGGACGAGAUGUCCAGGGAUCACCAGUCCUUCAAGCUAUUGUCCGUGGAGAGCUACAACGCGCUUGAGAAGCUCCAGGAAAUUACCGGAAAGGGGGAAACUCUAGUCCAGUUGUCGGCAGUGUGUUCUAAGAUGGAAACCCAGCGGGAAAAGAUGUUUCAACUGCCAGAGAUUUCCAAGGAAAUCAUCGAGAUUCGCGAGGUGGUAGAGGCCGGAGCAACACCGGAUCCAGCCACAGAUCUUUUAAAGGAUGAGGUGGCUCUGGUGCCCCAAAUGGAGACGUUCUGGCGCCGGGUGAACAACGUCGCCGUCGAUGUGGCCGUUUUGAAGCAGCAGAAGCGACGCUUGGAGGCGGAGAACAGCCAGCUGAAGGCGCAGCUGCAGGACUACCUGGUUAACUUGAACAUAGCCAACGGUUCCAACAGCCAUGUCCAUCAGUAUCUGGCCCGUCGUCCCAAGAGCAUGUCAGUGGAUCGGGUUUCGCGACUAAACCUGCAGCCCAAGCAGGUCAAGAGCGCCUUGCCCCAUGCUCGCCGUCCGCAGGCUGCGAUUCCGGCACCUUUCCACUUGCCCCUUGGCAGGAGUCGUGUUGCUGCCUUUGAGGCCAACUUCUCAAAUGUAGUGCGCUCCAGGAAUUUGCCCAAGAAUAUGGCCAGGAUUGAAUGA